CAUCUAUAACCUCCAUCUUUCUAUCGUUCCCACUGCAUGGAGUGAUGCUCUGACAACCACCGUUCAUGAAUCACAUCAAUAAGGUGAUAUACUAUGCGAUCUGCUAGAGCUGUGGUAAAAGAGAAGUCGCGAACAGCUGCCGCUAUGGCGCGUGGACAGGCGAAUGUGGCCGACUAUGCCCGGUCAUCGUCGCGAACGCUGACAGGUCUGAGACGUUGGUCGAUCGCCAACAGGGAGCUACCUCCUAUCUCCCAGAUUAAAGCCAUUCACGUAUAUGACUUUGAUAACACCCUCUUUUUGAGCCCGUUGCCGAACCCGCAAAUAUGGAACGGUCCGACUAUUGGAUUCCUGCAGGCCUAUGAAUCCUUUGCAAACGGCGGUUGGUGGCAUGACCCCAACUUGCUUUCCGCCACUGGGGAAGGGCCUGAGAAGGAGGAACCCCGUGGGUGGGCUGGGUGGUGGAAUGAGCAGAUUGUUCAACUGGUCAAGUUGAGUAUGGAACAGAAAGAUGCGGUGACCGUCCUCUUGACCGGUCGCGGGGAAAGUGGAUUCGAGGACAUCGUCAAACGCAUGGUCAAGAGUAGAAACCUGGAGUUUGACUUGAUCUGCCUGAAGCCGGAAGUUGGUCCGAACAACGAACAGUUCUCGACGACCAUGGAAUUCAAACAAACCUUCCUAGCAGACCUGAUUUUCACUUAUGAGCAGGCCGAUGAGAUACGCGUUUACGAGGAUCGCGUCAAGCAUGUCAAACACUUCCGCGAUUUCUUCGAAUCCCUCAACCGGGGGUUCCAGUUUUCUAACCCAAGGAAACCGCUCAAUGCUGAAGUGAUCCAGGUAGCGGAAGGAGCUCUUUAUCUCCCCCCUGUAACUGAAACAGCUGAAGUUCAACGUAUGAUCAACGCUCACAACCUGUCCAUCCGCAAUCCGGCGCUCAGCCGGAUCAAGUCACCAUAUGGUCGACUGCGCAUCAAACGCACCAUCUUCUACACCGGCUAUCUGAUCUCUAAUGCUGAUUCUAACCAUCUUAUCGGCCAAAUAUUGAACCCAAUGCUGCCGCCAGGGCUUGCUGAAUCCAAUGAUCUGAAAUACAUGGCUAAUAGCAUACUAAUCACCCCGCGCCCCGCGCCCCGCUCCAUUCUGGACAAGGUCGGUGGUAUUGGGAAAAAGCACAGUUGGCAGGUCACCGGAACUGCUGUCUUUGAGAACAAAAUCUGGGCGGCUCGGCUGGCGCCGGUCCCCGCAAAUGAGAAGUUCUACACUGAGAAUCCCCAGCCUCUAGUGGUGCUGGCGGUCCGUAAAGGUGCUCGUCCCAUAGACGCAGGCAAAAUUCAAAAUUGGCACCCUGUCCCAGCUGACAAGGCGUUGAAAUUUGACACUGUCGUCGGGGAGAAGGUCGUUCUUCGCGUGGAAGAAGAGAAUCCCAACGAAGGCGAGUGGGAGAGCCAGUUCUUAAACAAGAAUAACAAGCGGCGCCAUCAGCCCGAGUUCGGUGACGAGCCGCCCACGGGGCCCAGUAAUUAUGAUGGCCCCCAUCACCCAAGGGCUCACUAUCACCCGCGUCACGGAGGAAAUCCUCGUCACAAUCAUCACGACGACAGUCCUCGCCGUGGCGGGGGACAUCGUGGCCGUGGCCGUGGCUCGGGUCCUCGGGGUCGAGGUCAUCCCGGCCGGGGUGGGCGUGGCAGAGGCCGUGGACGUGAUGGUGGUCCUCACCCAGGGUAUAAAUCAUUAGAUGACCAUGGGGGUUACGAGGGAGGGAACCACGAAGAAAGACCCGGGCCUGGUGGCGGAGGGCCGGUGAUGAAUUACUGAACAUUUCUCCCGUCUGCUCUUUUCUGUUGGUCCAUUUGUCUGGCGUUUCCCUUGUUGGUCUGUUUCAAUCAGUAUUCCAUUGUGGUCCUUAUUCUAUGUACCUGGUGGUCACAGGAGCGAUUGUUAGUGAUUGUUCUCCCAAAGGUAAAUUUGCAUUUCUUUCGAAAUCUGGUGGAGUAUAUCCACGUUGCAUAUACUUGAUAAGCUUUGCUAUAAACGUGC